GCUGCUGGUGCGUCAGGAGGAGACGGAGAUGCCAUAACAGCAGCAUCAGCUCCGGUUCUGUUCGCUCCGCUCUCACCUGAACCGGCUCCACUCCGGGACAACGCUCAUGGUCUGCCCGCCUCACAGCGCCUCAACCCCGGCAUCCAUCCCAGCAGAGGAGCGGCGGCAGCAUCUGGAGCGGAGGAUGCACUGGGGUCUCCCAGCAGGCCUGUGAAGAUGAGUGUGACCUCGUGGUUCCUGGUGAGCAGCUCGGGGACUCGACACCGCCUCCCCAGAGAGAUGAUCUUUGUGGGCCGAGAGGACUGUGAGCUCAUGCUGCAGUCCCGCAGUGUGGACAAACAGCAUGCCGUCAUCAACUACAACCCGACUACAGACCAACACCUGGUCAAAGACCUGGGCAGCCUCAACGGGACGUUUGUGAACGACCUGAGGAUUCCUGAUCAGACCUACAUCACCCUCAAACUGUCCGACAUCAUCCGCUUCGGAUACGAUUCUCACGUCUACAUCCUCGAGAAAAGUCAACACAAAGUUCCAGAGGAGGCUCUGAAGCAUGAGAAGUACAGCAGUCAGCUGCAGAUGAGCCUGAAGGCUGCAGAGGGAAACAAGGUGGAGGCCGAUGAGAAACCACGAGCCGAGAAGACCCCGAGUACCAAGAGUCUGACACAAGAAGCUCCAGUGUCGCGGCCCACUCCUCUGUACGGUCAGCCGUCGUGGUGGGGAGAGGAGGAUUAUGGGAGUAAGGUUCAGAGCAGCGAUGAGCCUAACGCAGACGUCCACAGAGAUUUGUCGGCAUUGGAUCCGGACUUUUCCGGCGCUCUGACCGACCCCCAGCAGAAAACACUCUUCCCUUCAUACCAACGGGAACCAAGCUACUUCGAGAUCCCCACAAAGGACUUCCAGCAGCCCAAACCCAUGGGGGCGGAGCUUCACGAGAUCCCCACCAAGGACACGGACACGCCCCAAGCCCCGCCCUCCCCUCCAACCCCGACCCCGCCAGUGGUUCAGAGCCACGCCUCCUUCACCAUCGAGUUCGACGACUGCUUACCUGGCAAGAUCAAAAUCAAAGACCACGUCACCAAGUUCUCCACCCGCCAGAGGAAGCAGCACGCUCUGCCCAACAAGACCGCCAUGGCAACGGCGACGCCGGCAGAGGUGAUGUCAGCGGAGAGCAAGGUGGCCGAUUGGCUGGUCCACAGUGAUGUCAGCAUGAUGAGAAGACGUCCGACCUGUGAGGACGUUUACAGCACAAAGAGUGACCUCGCCAUGAACAUCAGGACGCUGAAAGGUCAUCAUCAUGACGAUGGAACCCAGAGUGACUCUGAGGAACCGGAACUCAAAGGCAGCCAGAGUAAAUCCCACCACUCGGUGCAGUCAGAGCAGUCUGAGGCGUCCCUGCAGAUCCCCCACACACCUCAGCCCGUCCCCCACCCUCCUCCAGCACAGACUGUCCACCUGCAGUACUCUCCACCUGGACCGGCCCCGGCCUCUCCUGUGGCCCCUGAGCGGCCCCUGUCCCAGAGUCCUCCACAGGCUCAGUCUCCCACCACAGAAACCCCAAUACAGGGCCCCCCAGAGCACCUCCCCCAGCAGGCCUUCAUCAUUGAGUUCUUUGACGACAACCCGCGCAAAAAGCGCUCACAGUCCUUCACGCACAACCCCGCCCACGCCGACUCCUACUCUGCCCUCAAGGCCAAGCUGGAGCGGCGGAAAGGUGGCGAGAGGCCGGCAUCUGUGCAUGGUCACAUCCCCCCCACCCAGCAGGUGACAGUUCCUCUGAAAGGCCAGGGCCACAGCGGCCCACAGAGGUCGAGUUCUCUUAAGAGGGAGAAGACGGAAGGGGAGACGGCCUCCUCUGGCUCCUCCUCUCGCUCCUCCUCUGGGAUCACCAUCAGACCCUUCGGUAGCGUCGGCAAGAAGUCCAAGCUGGCUCAGGAGUUCGCUGCUGAAUUUCUGAAGGAUUCUGGUCAGCAAGACUCCUCCUUAACGAGGGACAAGAUGUCCCCACCCCCGAUGUCUGCCCCCCCAGUGAUGGUGUCGCCUGCUCAUGCAAGAAUUCCCUCCCCGCAGGAACCUCCUGUAGCAUCCUCAGUGUCCUACCCAACCUCCCCUUUACUGCCUCCUCCGGCAACCUCAAAGUCCUCAGUUCCCUGCAGUGCUGUGGGCCAGACCGCCUCUCCAGUCCACUCAUCUGGACCCCCAAUGUCCCCCAUGGUGCCCCUGGGCGUCCGUGCAGGAGACCUCAGAGGUUCCCCGAGGAUGAUGAGAAACGAGGAGGACGACAGCCUGAGCGACGCCGGGACCUACACCAUCGAGACCGAGUCCCAGGACCAAGAGGUGGAGGAGGCUCGUAACAUGAUCGAUCAGGUGUUUGGUGUCCUCGACUCUCCAGAGUACAGUGGUGUGAGCACAGGAGUGUAUAGACCUGUAAUAAACGAAGCAAAGGAUGAGCAAGCUAACCUGCCUAGCAAUGGUAGCACUGUGGACCUGUUGCAUGGCUUUAACCCAGCUGCUAUCAGCAGCCCCCCAUCAGGCCCCAUGCAGGUUCCACCUUCCAAUGCAGCAGGUCUGGAAGGACCCAAAUGGGUUUCCCGCUGGGCCAGCUUAGCAGACGGCUAUGCUGAACCUGGUUCCACUCCACCUCAAGGGGAAAGUCUGGAAGAUUUGCGCCUGAUGAGCCGGUCGAUGGGAAAUUUCAGCUACGAUAACUCAGAGUCCGAGUCCAGCCACAGCUCGAGGACCAGAAGGAUGUUGCCCCAGGUGCCUCCGGAGAAGCUGGACAGUGUUCCGCCGAGUAUCCUGAUUCGUCAUGAACCUUACCACGGACAGGAAGCUCUGGACCAACCCUCCGGUGCUCCUCACCACCAGAACUCCUACCAGUGCUUGUCUGUCCAGGAUGAUGUGGACCCAGACAGCCUGAGUGAUGCUAGCCGAUCAGAUGACGGACCUGUUCUGGACAAAACAAAGAAAAACCAGGUCAGAACUGGAUCUGUUUCUCCAGGGGGCACCGGUAAUCAGGUUAGGGGUGCAGAUAAAGUGUCUCCCUCCACCAAAUCCACCUCCUUCUACAUCGGGUCUGAAGACCGUCCAAGCAAACCUGACCAAGUUCGAAGUCCAGUACAGUCUGAUAGGAUACGAGAACCCCCAGCAAAAACUCCCCCAACUACUGUCCUGAUCCGACACCUGAGUGGGCACGAACCAAAGAGGACAGGAGUAAAACCUAACAGCUCAGCUCCCAACCUCCAAAUACAAGACAAGGAUUAUGCUCCCACCAAAGACAGCUGUGUGUCAUCUAUCGUCCGCCAGGAGAGCUUCACCAAAGAGCAGCCAUGUGACACCACCCAGAUGAAAAAACUCCCUCACAUCUCCAGCCAUCCGUCCAUCAGAGACCUGGAGCAGAGGAGGGAGAACCUCCAGGAUUCAGAGUCCUUCUAUCAGGAAGCAGAAGGAACUCUGUCCUCUCUGGACGCAAAGUUCCCCUCAUCUGGAUCCGGUCGUAGCUCAAAGAAAGGAGGCUCCUCCACCCACAUGGAAGACUCCCUGUCUGGUGAGUCAGAUGUGGACACUGCCAGCACUGUGAGCCAGGUGAGCAGCAAAAAUGUUCCCGUUAGUUCUGCUUCUAAAAAGCGUCCUGCCAUUAGCAGCCUCCAAAAGGAGAAGUCCUCUUCCAGCCCAUCCAUCCAAGAGAAGGGACGGCAACUCACGGCACGAGAACGGCUUUCAGAGAAACGCAGAAGCCAGGUGACAUCAGAUGCAUCAAAUAAGGCAGAAGCAGCAAAACGCUUUCAAAUGCGCCGCAGUGCUGGCAACCGGGGAUCUCUGGAUCUGUCAGAGGGCCAGCAGGGUUCUGGUCAAAAGUGGACAGAAACAACAUCCUCAGACCAUGAAGUUUCUCGCCCAUCCAGCCGUAGCAAGAAAGUGAUCGCUCCUCUUCAGAAAGAAGACAACGGAAAGACGGCAAAGACUGCAUCUCAGCAGGUUCUGACACGAUCCAACAGCUUGUCAGCACCAAGACCGACCCGGGCAUCCAUGCUUCGCCGAGCCCGCCUGGGGGAUGCCUCAGAUAACGAAGGUGCAGAGACUGACCGGGCUUCCCAGAAUUCUGAUCACAUCCCUGCUCCCACCAAAGUAUCUGCUGAGGGAAAGAAGCUGUCCCGGCUGGACAUCUUAGCAAUGCCCAGGAAGCGAACCGGUUCCUUCACAACCCCCAGUGACAACGAGACCUCCUCCACGGGCCGCUCGGGUUUCUCCAGUCGUAACUCUGAGUCUGCUGUCACCACCAGAAAGACUUCUGUGGGUGACUCUCGCCAGGCAGCUGGGAAAGGCGGUGCCCCGGGGAAGCAACCAUUGACCCGUACCCGAUCCAGUGGAGCCAAGUACCCCAGCACCAGUUCCAGACGCAGGCAGAAGGGCUCAGACUUUUCCUCGUCCUCUGACGAAGAAUACCAGAUGAAUGCCGUGAAUCCAAAAGCCAAACGCUCCUCACAUCCCCCCGCCCAGACACCACGCAGCCACCGCUCUGCCGCUACCCGAUCAAAGUCUGUCUCCCUGGAAACAGAGGAGGACGAGGACCAGAACGAGGGGGACCCCUACCAGAACUGGUCCACACACAGCGCUGAGAUUGCCAAGCUUAGUCAGGACCUGGCCAAAGAUCUGGCCAUCCUGGCGAAGGAAAUCCAUGACGUUGCAGGGGACGGAGACUCCCCAAGCUCUGGCAUGGGCACCACCACCUCCCCUAGCUCGCUGCCCAACACGCCAGCAUCCACCAUCUCUGCCAGGGAGGAGACGCCAUCUUAUCCAUACUCGCAGGGGGUUCAACCAUCUCAGCUGGUCCAACAUAUCCCUGAGGCCAGUUUAAACUACCAGAAGGUUCCUCCAGGUUCUGCUGCCGUCUCGGGCCUGGACGCGAACAUGAAUGAGCCGGAGCCCGGUUCUAGGCAACGCCGUCCGUGGAAUCGUGAAGAGGUGAUUCUGGACAACCUGAUGCUGAACCCGGUGUCUCAGCUGUCCCAGGCCAUCCGGGAGAACACAGAGCAGCUGGCCGAGAAAAUGAAGGUUCUGUUCCAGAACAAGGCCGAUGUCUGGGAGGAGAUCGAGGCCAAGAUCAACGCAGAGAAUGAAGUCCCCAUCCUGAAAACCUCCAACAAGGAAAUCACGUCCAUUUUGAAAGAGCUGAGACGAGUCCAGAGACAGCUGGAAGUUAUAAACACCAUCGUGGAGCCCGGUGGGAGUGUUCAGACGGCCGCUGUGGGGACGUCACCUGUGAGUCAGGCUCGACCCUCUUCCAGGGAGAAGAAACCCCCCACCAAACCCCGCAGUGCCCCCACAACCUCCAACGCAAACGAAAGCACCAAGAGACCACCUCGUGGACCCGACGGGGCCCACCACAUGGCCUGAACAGGCGACCGUAGCACCUCUGGAUAGUCUCUGUGUCCACACCACCUGUUGCCCUGUUUCUGUGUGAUGAGCAGUGAGGAGAUCAGCUGCAGUUCACAGAAGGUUUAUCAGAUAAAGACAAACGUCUGCUCUGACUCUGACCCGGCGUCCAUCGUUCAGCUCCCUCAAAGAACAAAGUCCUUUUACAAUCCCAAGAGUCAGAGAUACUCAGGGUCUGAUUCACUAAGAAUGAUUACAGUCUCUAAUAUCUCCAUAACGUGUUCCUCAUAUUCUCCCUCUCUUUGCUCGUCUCUGAGUCUAACUCUCAAAGCGUAUAGCUCUGAUGAUCUUCAGACACAAACACAGUUAGCUCUUUAGUGUGUGAAUGUUGAAAGAAGCUAUCUGCACUCUCACUCUGAUGGAGUUCAGUUCUUUCCACAUUAAGAUGAUGAGAAACUUUUGACAUUUCAUCAAGAGGACUCUAAACAUGUGAGAUGAGUUUCAAUGUUUCAAACAAACAUUGAAACUCCUCCCUGAAUGGAGCGAGAAAGGACGACUCAAAGACAAUAACAACUCACAUAGUCGUCAUGGUAACGGUGUAAUCCUUUCAUGAAUCAGACCCUGAAUGUCUAUUGGUGAGGACAGAAUCUGUGAGGUCAUCCAUCGCACACAAAGCACAUAUAUACUGAGCCCCUGCUCCAUCCAGCAUAUCAAACGUUCCCAACAUGUACUCGUAUGAAGUCCUGACGUUAGCAGAAGAAGAAAAGAGCGUGCUUUAAUGUUUUUAUAACCAUGAGUCUUGCUCACCAUCACACAUGGACCAUGUGACCAACAGGUUCACGACCUAAACAAACUGAGACUCGACAUGGGUAGAUGUCUGUAGAUGUGUGUGUGCAGAGCUGCUGGAGGUGUGGGACCGCCUGAAACUCUACAAACUGAGUCUCUUCUUUAAACUGUAGAUCGCUUCUUCUACGCCGAGCUAAACGCCGACCUCGCUCGCUCCGCAGUCCUCCAUGUAUAAACUCUGUGCUCUGAUAAUCUGUGGUGCGUGUGAGCUGCUGAUAGGUUUGUGUUUCUGUUAGUGUUGUGUUGAUGACAGAACAUGUGACUGAAUGUUUGUGUUCCUCUCGCUGUGAUUGUCCGCUCUGUGCAGCUGAAUGUCACGGUUUGUGUCUUAACGUAGAAGAAGGAUUCACUGAGACAUCCUGCUGCUCCACACACACACACACACACACACACACACACACAGACACACACACACACA